AUGGCUUCCGCUACUGCCCCUCUGCAACCGAAGCCGGCUUUUCCGCGAAUGUCUUCAAUCCCCUGUGGUGACCACUUCCACUCACGCGACUCUUCCCCCUCACCUUGCAGUACCCCCGACGGAUCCAGGUCGAGUAGCCAACGUCGCCCAUCCUUCGGUUCGAUCAAAGAAGAUACCGAAGACGGAAUUGCGCAAUCGUUCGUGGACACCCACGAGGACCCAUCUCCAUCUCCCUCUUCCCGAGAAGUGCAGGAGUCUAGAGAGACCAAGGCUGAGCGCCCUGGGAUGCAAGCCCCAGAUUUCUGCUGCCCAUGUGGUGGAUUCUUGGGGUGGAAGCAGAUUCGACUGGGCGGGAAGAGUUUGAGCCGCAGCUAUAGCGAUCUCCGUGGCCUAGGAGCUGCCCAGGCAAAGGGUUGGGCUUGGGAAUCGCACGAUGAAACUCCCAAGCAGGAGCUUCUCCCACCCAAGGCUCCAGAGGUGGAGGUCUUGCAGACCCCUCCUGGCUCUUCGCCUUUGGAGAAGCUCCCCCAGAGGUUCUCGAUCAAAUUAUCUCUAACCUUGCGCUGGAUCUUCCGCCCAAUGGCUACACCCCCGAAACGUGGAUCUGGUUUCGUGCCUACUCGCAUCCCACACGCUGCAUGCCGCGACUUUGGGCGUUUUGCACUCAACCAUAUGGCGCAAUAUCCCGCGCUUGGCACACUGGUGCGCCGCUUGGAUUUCUCACACUUCACGUCUGUCGGUCUGGGUCGCACCAAGCAGAUGAACUCCGAAAUCCAGAACUUGACCUCCAGGACCCUUUUGCAGUGCUUGGACCUUCUGCCUAAUCUGAAGGAAUGCCUGCUGCAGGAGCACUUGGAAGGUGAUAUUAGCGCGGAAGUGAUCCGGAAGUUGUUCAUGGGACUGCCAAACCUGCGCGCGGUGGAUUUCUGCGGUUGCUCGACUCAGGCUUUCUCCGUGGUCUUCCAGGAAGCGUUGGUCGGCGGGCCUGCGUUGCCCAUGACUUUGCCCAACCUGAAACGGCUGUCGCUUCAUGAGUGUAGCACUAUCCCCGCCCCGAUGUUCGACCACCUCCUCUCGCGACUGAUCAACUUGACGCACCUGGAUCUCACUCACACUCAAGUCAACGACUCUGCUCUUGCUUGCAUCCCCGAGACUGCUCGCAUCUCCCACCUGAGCUUGUCGCGAUGCACACGCCUUCGCCCAUGCGCCCUGGUUGAGUUCUUGACUACCCACCCCUCUGUCAACCAAUCUCUCGUCUACCUGAAUCUAUUGACCGACCCAACUCGCUUCCGUCUCCUGGAGGAGACCGAUGUGUCCGCUCUACUCCCCAAGCUUCCCGACACUCUGCGCUCCCUCAACCUCGGCGGAGCAAAGGUCACCUCAGACCAUGUCCCCUUCCUGGUCCCUCUGGCAAAGCACCUGGAAGAGCUGGGCCUCAGUUCUGCAGACCUCUCCGUGACAGACGUGAAUUCGCUCUUCGGCAACUACCGCAACCCUGCCACCGGAGAAGAGAUCAACACGCCCAGCACUCUCUGCUACAUCGAUCUCGCCAAGGUCCCCCAGAUGACCAUCGGAGCCAUCUUCAACACUAGCACCUGCCUUCUGCUCUCGAACCAGAGCUACCCGCUCCAAGUCGUCGAGUUCAGCGACAAGAUCAUCACGCCUCUGCGCGAACGCGCAAAAACCCAGCGCGUUUCUGUCGGAUGGACUGUGCGCGACCUCGGCCGCCGUGGCUGGUACGUCCGUGACCCGGCCUCCGUUCCGCACCAACCACUCGACGAUGGUGCCCGCUACUGGAAGAUGGGCGCGCGCUGGUGGGGAUCGCGUAAGAUUCCCAUGGUUGUUGGUGACGUCGGUGGUCUGUAUGGCCACUACAUGUUCAAAAAAUGA